AUGACAAACGAGGAAUUUUGGAAACAUGAGUGGGAAAAACAUGGAAAUUGCUCAGUAUCUGUACUUCCCCAAAAAAAGUAUUUCAAUGCAAAUCUUCUCCUAAAAGACAAAACGAAAAUCUUGGAGACUCUUAAAUAUGCCGGGAUAACUCCAGAUGAUAAAAAGCACUCCUUACGGUUGAUUCAAAAGACUCUAAGGGAUGAAGUUAAGUUCACACCACUAAUCAAGUGCAACACGAAUGGCCCAGACCCCACCCCUGAACUUUACGAGAUUUACUUUUGCGUGGACCCUAAAGGAGAAAAAUUCAUUGAUUGUCCUCCUGAUGCUGUCAAGAACUUCAAGACUGGAUGCGGAGACGGUAAACCUGAUAUUAAGUUCCCUAUCUAUAAGAGACAUGAUCACGUACUCAAUGAUAUUGAUGAGUGA